AUGGCAUCCGAAGCCGAGCUUCGUAAGUUCAUACACGUUGGAUUCUUGGUUAGCCAGUGGGUUGAUCGCGGCCGUUUGCAAUCCGAAAUUGAAUACCUUCGUCGCAUGGACUUAUAUAAGAAGCUGGGUGAUUGCCCCCAAGAUAAAGUACUCGAAUUCGUGGAAUACGUGACAGCCCGUCCCAGCAAUUGCGAUGGUCUGGAACGCUUUUUCAAUACGGGUCAGUGGCUGGACCUACACCCUUAUGACGAAGAGGCAAUGAGAGAGACCCAGAUCUUCAAAAUUGAUCAACAGCUAUCCCAAUUGGACGGUUCCACCAUGGACGACACUAAUCCAAGUCAAGGUGAUAUCGAUAUGUGUCGCGCUGACGAAAGUGAGCCUGACGCUUAUAUCGGUGAGUUUCACAUCAAUGGUGAGCUUAGCACUGUCGGCGAGUCUCAUAUCAAUGGCGAGCUUGAUAUUGAUAUCGAUGAGGACGAAUCCGACUAUGAGGGCGCAGAUACAUCGGAACUACUAUGUCCAUUCAACGCUUUCUUCUUGGGAACCAAUUACACCAUGAUUCAUUGGCCCUACCCUGCUACCCAUAUGACAUGGGUUAAGCGUGUCUGGUGCGCCCUUGACUUUACUCUCCCAGAGAUAGCAAAGGACGCUGCCGCAAUGAUACUUCUGGCCGACAGGAAGAAAGGCUGCACCCUUAGCCCCGUCUUCAAAUUCCUAAAUCAGCAAGCCAAGCUUAAAAUGCAGAGUGUGGAGGCCUACUCUAUCCCGCGUCUAUACCUAGCAAUUCUCCAAGCCAUGGCCGUAUGCGAUGACGAGGCCAAAUCUUACAUCUACAAGCUCGUCCCGUCUCUAAACUUAGGCGAAUGCUCUUUGGUUUCAGAUAAGGAUCUUCUUAACUUCCGAGGUAUCUGGCAUUGGGGCUCUUCCAGAUCUAUAAUAGACGUAUUCCCCACACACCCUCCUAAAGGCCACAAGAUGCGCUAUGCUACCCUAAGUCUGACUGAUGAUUUUAAAUGGCCGGUGGACUGGGCAAUGGACUGGGAUGAGGAAUCGUCCAAAGGAGAGCGCCUCUGUUUCGAAAAGAUUGCUCCGCAUUGGGAAGCGAACCUCAUGAUGAACAAUCGUUUGUCAAAUGUUGAUCAGUACUAUGGAGGCGUUUGUUUGGCAGCGCCGAUCAAUCCACAUAGUCUAACGAAGGUGCCACAAGGACUUCCGCCGAGUGACAUCAAAAGAUACAUGGAUAUGAUGCAGUCGGCGGUCAAGUAUCAAACUUUGAAAGGGCAACUGAAGCUGAUGAUCAACAAUGACAGUAUCAAUGGAGAUUCCGUCGAUAAGCUUUUGGAGCAGGUUGAGCGUAUCUAG